AUGGACUCAGCUGUUCUAAAGUCUAUAGAAUGGGAGUGCAUGAUUGUGGAUGAAGGCCACAGACUGAAGAACAAGGAAUCCAAAUUAUUCCAUUCACUGAAACUCUACUCAACAAAACAUCGUGUCCUUUUAACUGGAACCCCUCUUCAGAACAACCUGGACGAGCUAUUCAUGCUUAUGCACUUCCUUGAUGCAGGAAAGUUUGCAAGCAUCGAAGAUUUCCAGAAGGAGUUCAAGGAUAUAAACCAGGAAGAGCAAAUUGAUAGGCUUCACAAGAUGCUGGCCCCACACCUCCUAAGGAGAGUAAAGAAAGAUGUUAUGAAGGAUCUUCCUCCGAAGAAGGAAUUAAUUUUAAGGGUUGAGUUAAGUAAUGUGCAAAAAGAAUAUUAUAAGGCCAUCCUCACUCGUAAUUACCAAAUACUUGCUCGUCGUGGCGGGCCUCAGAUAUCACUCAUCAAUGUUGUUAUGGAACUUCGUAAGCUAUGCUGCCAUGCAUAUAUGUUGGAAGGUGUAGAACCUGCAAUUGAACCAACUGAUGCUAAUGAAGGUUUCAGACAACUUUUAGAUGCUUCUGGGAAAAUGCAAUUGUUGGAUAAAAUGAUGGUGAGGCUCAAGGAACAAGGUCAUAGGGUUCUUAUAUAUACACAAUUUCAACAUAUGCUGGACUUGUUGGAAGAUUACUUGAGCUACAAUAAAUGGACCUAUGAACGUAUUGAUGGGAAAGUUAGUGGAUCUGAAAGACAAAUACGAAUAGAUCGUUUUAAUGCCAAGAAUUCAACCAAGUUUUGUUUCCUUCUUUCUACUAGAGCUGGUGGAUUGGGUAUAAACCUUGCAACUGCUGAUACUGUGUUCAUCUAUGAUAGUGAUUGGAAUCCACAUGCAGAUCUUCAAGCCAUGGCAAGGGCUCAUAGGCUAGGCCAGACUAAUAAGGUUAUGAUAUAUAGGCUGAUCACUAGAGGAACAAUUGAAGAACGGAUGAUGCAAAUGACAAAAAAGAAAAUGAUACUGGAGCAUCUGGUUGUUGGUCGGCUCAAAUCCCAAAACGUCAAUCAGGGCUCAAUAGCAAUCAGCAUGUCGUUGCACCGCACAAGCUUUUGCUUCAUCUGUACUCACCUAACCUCAGGAGAGAAAGAAGGGGAUGAACUGCGGAGGAACGCAGAUGUGAUUGAGAUCUUAAGGAAAACAAAGUUUCCUAGGGUGCGCAAAGUAUUCAAUGAAAUGUCUCCCGAAACAAUCCUUGAUCAUGAUCGCAUCAUAUGGCUUGGUGACUUGAACUACCGUAUUGCUCUUUCAUAUCAGUCCGCAAAAGCACUAGUUGAGAUGCACAACUGGAGAGCAUUGUUGGAAAAGGAUCAGCUUCGGAGGGAGCAAAGGUGUGGACAUGUUUUUGAAGGAUGGAAGGAAGGAGGGAUAUCCUUUCCUCCCACCUACAAAUAUUCAAACAACUCAGACAGAUAUGCUGGCGAAGACAUGCACCGAAAAGAGAAGAGGCGAACACCUGCAUGGUGUGACCGUAUCUUGUGGUAUGGCCGAGGUCUUACGCAGUUGGCUUAUCUACACGGAGAGUCUAGGUUUUCCGAUCAUAGACCGGUAUACAGUGUCUUCAACGCAGAGGUCGAAAUCAUAAAUCGCAACAGAAUCAGGAGCAUGGGCUCUAGCUCUCGAAUAGAGGUCGAAGAGCUACUACCAUACUCUCAUGGUUUCACAGAGACUUACUAUUGAAGUGGCUGCACAAAUUGUUAUUCUGCACUUAUUGGCCCCAACAACGAGCUUCAGAAUCUCUGUGGACCCGGUGUCAAGCAAAGAAAGCAGAAGCCUCCCUCGGUCAACCAUAUUUUACUAAGUGACUGUAAAGGAAAGAUCAAGAAACAUGUUUCAGACUUCCACACCAGAAUUCUUUAGCUGCUAACAACACGAGGUAACCAGUUUUAGCUCGUAUACAGCUAAUUUUGUCUAUCAAGAAGGUGCCCGCCUUUAGCAAGGGACAUCAUUGACUCAAGGAACAUCAUCAAGAAGUUUGAUCUCUGGAAGAGUGUAGGGAAUCUUUUUUUUAUAUAUAGAAUGAGAGGAUUAAGGCUCCCAAUUGUGCAUAGAGCUAGUUCGGUCAUAUAUGUUGAGGAAAAGAUAGGUAAACUCCUAGCGCACUUAUUGUCACUGUGAAUCUGUGAUAAAGAAAUGUAUCAAUCAUGUUCAGUGAGCAUACGUAAGGAGUUUGCUGGAAAAGUUUCUGGCAUUGAUGACCAAUGGUGGUUGCUUGCUUUUUCUGCUGCUUUCGUUAAUUGGAAUUAGCAAAAGUAUGAGGCUGAAGAUGACAGAUUUGGCUGGCAUAGUUGGGGACAGCAGCUUUGGGAAGCUUUAAAAAAUAGCCAGGAGGAAUGGACCGGGGCGUAGAUGACAGAUUUAAUUUGAGCCAGAAGCUUUUUGACCUGGCCUCAUGAUCUAUGGUUGAAUGAUCAAAAGUGGGGCACUCGAAGGAUUGUCCAAAAAUUCUUUUGUUUUUUGUUUUUUGUUUUUCCUUUUUCCCUUUCCCCGAAGAGCAAAGAGACGGUAUUUAGUAAAUUGAUCUUAAACGUCAACAAUGACAUCGAUCCGGUGAUGUUUCUCGCA